AGGCUUCCCUUCAGAAACCUGGAGACGGGUUCCAUCAGAAGCUUAAGGUAGGUGAAUAACAGAGACAGGGGAGACAUCCAGACAGGCCAGGGUGAAGGCAGGUCUAAAGGAGAAAGAGAGCCUUCAGAGAUGUCCCCUGAACAAAGGGACUAUCUGACUUCCAAAGCUUUUCAGACAGGGAACGGGAAAUUCCACUUGUGAACUCAGUGCCAAGAACCCAGAUGCUGGCAAUGAUCACAAAUUCAUCUGGCAGCUCUGGGGGGGAGGGGCUGGGCUUGCUUCCAUCCUCUAUGGAUCUCUCUGCUUUACAGCAGGGACCUGUCUGCUGCAGGGGCAUAGCUUGAUUUCUGGGAGCAAGACAAGUAUAGCUCCUGAGAUCUAGUGGAGCUUGGCAGCAAGCAGCUGUAAAUCUGGAGGCAGGAGACUGGCACUUCAUUUCCUUACAGAUGUCCAAACAGGAAACACAGAGCAGAUACAAGAAGAGUGGGGCCAAGUGAGAGACCCUACACCCACCACAGAGGUCUAUUUUCUUUAGAUAAGCCCCUCUAGUCAAACAUUGUGUAGUCUCUCCUAACAUACCAUCUUGGGGCUAAAUGUCCAGACACAUAAGCCUAUGGGGGACUUUCUCAUGCAAACCAUAAGUGUGUUAUUUAGUCUGUUAGUCAUUUUUAAAAAUCUUCCUCUGUGCACACAACCCCCACCCAUUAACACCUGCAGCAGGUAAAAGACCUGGCCCUUCGAGUGGGAGAACCAGCUCUGGUCCUCACAGGGUGUAGCACACAAGAGUCUGGGCUCUGCACCCUGUCUGGGCAGCACACUGGAGCAGACUCCAUUGUCCAGGGACUCAGGUGAAUCAACAAGGUAGGGUCAUGCAUUCAAGGCUCCACAGCAAGGCAGAAUGUCCCUCUGACAGCUGUCAACCUGGGAAGAGAAAGAGGGCUGUGCCCUCCAGAAGAAAUUCUGCAGGUGUCCAUGUAGACUCUGCACUUGACCUCAAUUUCCACACUGCAGUAGGUAUUGCAGAGACAGGUCCAUGCAGAAGGCCAUCUCCUUCCUCUACCCUCAGCAGCGCCAUGAGCUCUGAAUGAAUUCUAGGACAAGUACAAGGACAUAUCCAGCAUUGACACCAUCAGUCAGCAGUUCCUGUCCUCAAGACAAGAUAAAAGCCUGUGACCUGGACAGAGCAGGAAGGAAUUGCAAUGGCACUCAGGGCAAAGACAGAUGUGUGGCUGGCAAGACCCUGGCAGUGCCUGCACAAGACGAGGUCACUGGGCACAACAGCAGCACUGCCCCCCAACACACUGGGGCCCUUUGAAUCCAUACCACAGUACUCCAGAAACAGGUGGCUGAAGAUGAUACAGAUCCUGAGGGAGCAGGGCCAGGAGAACCUGCACCUGGAGAUGCAUCAGGCCUUCCAGGAACUGGGGCCCAUUUUCAGGUACAGCAUAGGAAGCACACAGAUUGUGUCUGUGAUGUUGCCACAGGAUGCUGAGAAGAUAUUCCAGGUAGACAAUACACAGCCCUGCCGCAUGCCCUUAGAACCUUGGAUAGCCCACAGAGAACACCGUGGCCUGGGACGUGGAGUGUUCUUGCUAAAUGGGCCUGAAUGGCGCUUAAACCGACUGAGGCUCAACCCAUAUGUGCUGUCACCAAAGGCUGUUCAGAAGUUUGUCCCCAUGGUGGACAUGGUAGCACGGGACUUCUUGGAGGCCCUGAAGAAGAAGGUGCUGGUGAAUGCCCAUGGGAGCUUGUCAAUGGACUUUCAAUCCUGUGUGUUCAACUAUACCAUAGAAGCCAGCCAUUUUGUUCUUUUUGGGAAGCGGCUGGGCCUCCUUGGCUAUGACCUGAACCCUGGCAGCCUGAAGUUCAUCCAUGCCUUGCAUUCCAUAAUGAAGACCACCCCACAGCUCAUGUUUUUGCCCAGUAUACUGACUCGCUUGACAACCCCCCUGGUGUGGAAAGAGAACUUUGAGUCCUGGGAUAUCAUCUCUGAGUAUGUCACAAAAUAUGUCAGUGAUGUGUAUCAAGAGAUGAAGAGGGGUCGCCCAAAGUUCUGGAGUGUCAUAUCAGAGCUGAUAGCAGAGGGUGCUCUGCCAAUGGAUGCCAUCCAGGCCAAUUCUCUGGAACUCACUGCUGGAAGUGUGGACACGACAUCAGUGCCGUUGGUAAUGACCUGCUUUGAGCUGGCUCGAAACCCAGAUGUUCAGCAGGCACUUCGGCAAGAGAGCCUGGCAGCUGAGGCCAGAAUUGCAGCAAAUCCUCAGAGAGCUCUAACAGAUCUGCCCCUGUUGCAGGCUGCCAUUAAAGAGACCUUGAGGCUCUAUCCUGUUGCUGCCUUUUUGGAGAGAAUUAUAUGCUCAGACUUAGUUCUUCAGAACUACCAUGUCCCUGCUGGGACGGUCCUCCACAUGAGUGUCUACUCCAUGGGCCGAAACCCUGCAGUAUUUCCAAGGCCGGAGCGCUACACGCCCCAGCGCUGGCUGGAGAGGAAAAGGAGUUUCCAGCACCUGGCCUUCGGCUUUGGGCUACGCCAGUGCCUGGGGAAGCGCUUGGCACAGGUGGAGAUGCUUCUCCUGCUGCACCAUGUGCUGAAAUCCUUCAAGGUGGAGACACGAGAGCAAGAGGAUGUGCAGAUGGUCUACCGCUUUGUUUUGAUGCCCAACUCCAGCCCCCUCCUCACUUUCCGGCCUGUAAGCUAGUCAGUUUUGCAUCUAGGGUCCACUCAAGCUCCAGCCUACCUCUAUCCUAACACCCAAGGUCAUACAUCUUUGCCAACAGGAUGUUGUUUAGGGGCCACACUGUCAUCCUUCAGCACUUGUAGAAGAUUCCCACUAAAGACCUGCAGGGCCAGGGAUUGCAAGGUCAGGGAAGGGGCUGGGAUGAUCUUGGAGACAACAACCAGUCCCUGCUGUGUGAUUUCCCCCAUCCUUUCAACACUCACUCCAGGCACCUAUGGCCUCCAAGGGCCUCA